AUGGCUUCCACUACCUUGAUGACAUUUCUUCUGUGCACCAGCCCCCAUGUCAAGUCGGUUAAGUUGCUGGGGUCUUGGGACAAUUUCUCCCAGCCCUAUAUCAUGGAAAGGGAUAAGCGCGUUGGCGCGGGACAGUGGAGGGGAUGUCACACCUUCUGUAACAUAGUGUGUGACGGCUCGCCAACCCAUAUGACGCCCGCACGCUCUGGAGGACUCAAAAUGGGUGGCACUUACUGGUACUACUACUUGUUGGAUGACGAUGUGGAAUACUAUAAUGAGGCUGAGCCUGUGACCACGCACUGUCCUCUCCUGCCGGGUCAACCGGUCAAUGUUCUCAACGUCCCGGUCAUUCUCCCGGAUACGUUUCCCACUCACACUCAUGCGAGGAGUCCCAGCCUACAGAAAGCGGAUCAACGAACUAUGAAUCCCGAUGACAAGUACAUGAAUCCUCGAGAGCCGCCGAAGCCAAAGCUUCCUCGUCUUCGCACCUCUCCUCCGCUGUUGCAGCAACCAACCCCGGCUUGGUCAUUCAGCACAUCCCCUCUUGGUAUCAUCACUCACAGAGGCGCAUCGCAGCCUAGUAGUGCAACGCCCAAGGCGAAAGGCCUGGAUACACCAAGAGCCGCUGGGUGCAAAACUGCUCGUUCUGUGUCCCCGCCUAGAUCCAGGGGUCUUCGCGCCGCAUUUCGACAUUGGAAUGCAUCUUCGCCGGAUCUGGGAUCUACGGACGAACAUGAAGGCCAUGCCUCCAAGCCUGCCGCAACUCAUGGGCUCAAGGGCCUAUUUCUUGGCAGACACGAGGAGCAUUCCCGUUUUGGGGUUCACCUGGGUACUGCUUUCGAGCACUCUUCAUCCAUCGAUCUCAAUAAAGACUUUCAGCGCCCAGCAGAUUCUCUACCUCAAUCAGCAAUAUCUGGAGAUCGCCGCUCAAUGCCUCUGACAAUCCAAGACCGACGAGCAUUGAACUCAAAAGUUGCGGAGCACGGCUCGCCCAGGGCGCCUCUGACCCUGCAGGCAAAGCCCGGAAGCGGGGCUUCUGGGUACACCGCAACCCAGGGGACACAUCUGAAUGUUCGUAGAAGAUCACUUCCCUUGGAAUCCCCGUCCAUCUUGCCGACAGCAAUUGGGCCAUCAUCCGAUUUCUCUACUACCCCGACCGGUUUCACUGCCGGAGAGAAGAGACUCCCAACGCUUCCAAAUUCGCCAUCAUCAGUGAUGGAUGAAGCAUUACGGGAUAUCGAUGCCAGACAGAAGGCCCUUGAUUUGGAGGCUCUAGGCAGCCAUUUCUCGGAUUUCACCGAUACUGAGUCUGUCGCUGGCAGCUCCUUUUGUGAACGAAGCCAUUUUUCCGAGUGGAGCGCGGAUACGGAUGUUCUAUCCCCUGGGUCUAUGACGUGCUCAUUUGCUCUCAAUCAUGACGCUCAGGCAGCUUCCAAUACUGAAGCCACUGAGACCAUGGACUUCCUCACAGCGUCCAUACCUGCCGAACUGAGUGACCCGGACACCCCUCAUCUCACUGUCCACUCUAGAUCAGCGGCUACCUCAGUCGCGGGCGAUUCGCCUCGCUUGGAUCUCCCUCUUCCUCGCCUUACAAUCUCAUUAUCUCCCUCUGAUCUCGACAUUCCAGGUCUCUAUAUUGAUGAUGAGGAUUGCGUGGAGAGCAAUCCCAAGCGACACGCGGCCUUUUUCGGGGGCGAUGAAUCAAUCAAGGGUCUCGGCCUUAUACAAAGUCCCGACCCUUCUUCGCUGCAAUUUUCUGAGGAUGUGAAAGGCGAGACAGCAGUUCGCCCUAGCGAAGGAGUGGCUGCGUCCAGCCGGAAUUAUGACCGCUUCAGCAGAGUCUCAUUGCUGGGUCAGUCUGCAGCGAUGCGCGAAAUGAUGGACGAGCUGAGCUAUCUGAAGACCAUGAUAGAAUCUGGGUCCAGUGAAGAUAUCUGA